AUGAACCAAGAUCAUGACCUAUCCCUAGAGCAAAUCAAUGCCAUCGUUGGGGCCCCAAUAGAAAACACUUUUGGCCCUAACGACUCGAUUCACGGAUACAGGGAUCUUACGUGGUGGACCGACCUUACUUAUCUACACCCGUAUGUCUCAAGUUCUGGUAAGGACUCAUCUAUCAUCCAUCCUGUAGUGAAAGUGGCCCAUCAGAUUCUUGCCUCGCUCGUCUCCCCUAGAGAUGAGCGAAGCACCAUUAGUGCCCUUGAGCUCAAGAUACUCUAUGCUAUGGCCUACCGGGAUGAUAAUCUCAUUCCUCACUAUGGAUCAUUCCUGUGUAACAAACUCACCUGCCUCAGCAUAUCACGGUUGGACAAAAUAUCUUGUAGUGGCAUUGUCAGUUUAUUUGCCAAAAGUGCUCCAGUCCGGGCCCCAUAUCCUGGAAUUCACCAACCUCUGCCCGGUGAGACCUACCUUACGAUGGGAGUCCUUGAGUCUAUGAGAAUGUUUCGGGGUUGA